AGUAAUCAGAGAGAGAAGGGAGGGGAAGGGAGGAGUAGAGCGAAAGAGGGAAGAGAGAGUGUAGAGAGGCUAUUUUCUCAGCCUCUUGUAGCAGCGUUCCAGUUUCGGCAGUGAUAAAUGACAGUGUGUGUCUUUACUGCAUAAUUAAACAUUGUUGGAAUAUAAACAAUAAUAAACACAGUCAGGAUUAUCAGAAGAGAAGAGACGCACCUGUUCACCUGUAGAGCCCUGUUCACCUGCUCAUCCGUUACAGUGCAUUAAGCGGGACUUCACUACAGCUGCACCGACAGCAACAAACAGCUGGAGAACCGGAGGAACCUCUGAGCCACAGCUGUAACACUAUGAAGCUGUUCUGACCUGUGCGGACUGAGCUGUAUGCGCCUGGCACCCCCUGUUGGCCAGGACGGUCAGGAUGAAGCGAGAGCGCUUUAAACCCCCAGAGCCAGACGAUCCGUUCUGCUGCUGUGGAGACAUUGACCAGCAGAGGGAGUACUGCUGCUGUGACUGUGAGGAACUGGACGAUGCCUGUGAAAGGCUCAUUCAAAGGGAUUCAAAGAAUGAGGACUUUCUCUCCCGUCUUCUCUCCGUUCUCUCGGAUCGUUUGGGUCUUCAGUGUUCCCCUCUGGGAUCCGUCCGCGUUGAACUGUCCAUCCUGCCUCCAAUGCUCCUACUUCCAGUCCUGCUGCAGGUGGCGGCGCUGCACUGCAUGCUGGGAGUCGUGGUCCUGACGGCCCUGCCGGGACUCGUACUGUGGUAUUAUUACAUGACACACCGCAAGAAGAGGCGAACGCUUUUCUUCCUCAGCCUGGCGCUCUUCUCCCUCGCCUACAUGUACUACCUUUUCAUCACCGAAAUCGUGCCUAGGGGGGGCGUAAGUUACCAGCAAGUAGUUACCGCGACAACCGGCAUGAUACUGAUGCUCAUCUCCCUCGUUCGCACCAAACAGGGUCCGGGAUACGUCCGAGCAGACUACAGACACAAUAUUACCUCCGCCAAUCAGAGCAAACUCUGUAAUCAAGACUCCGCCCACUGCAAUGGAGUCAGCCAAUCAGAGAGUGCUGUGGAAAAGAAGAUGAAGUGGUGUUCCAUCUGCCGAUUGGUGCGUCCACCCAGGGCGGGUCACUGCAGGAUCUGUGGAGUAUGCGUGCUAAGAAUGGACCAUCAUUGUGUCUGGAUAAACUGCUGUGUGGGGCAGGACAAUCACAGGCACUUCCUGCUGACGCUCCUCCUCUUCCUGCUGACAUCACUGUAUGGGAUCAGCAUGGUGCUGCAUAGUGUGUGUCCACGGCAGAGUGUGUUCACUGCUCUGCUGUACUGCCCAGGGGUCUACAACCAGUACAGCACGGCUCUGUGUUUUACGUGUGUGUGGUACAGCUGUAUAAUAACGGGGGGUCUGCUGCACCUGCUGAUCCUGCAGAUCAUCAACAUCAGCUGCAACGUGACGGAGCGCGAGGUCCAGCUGGCUCUUCGGAAUGGAACCGGACGCAGGCGGUUCUGCGGCCUGCUGGUGGACACCGGCGCGCCCUCGCACGGCUUCAUGCACAACUGGACACACUUCCUCACCAUGCACACUGCUGAGGGGGCACACGCUCCGCUCACUCUCACAGACUUGGUAUGACCCACGGAGACUCCAGCUCACUGAUGGACGUCCAUAUUGACAUUUCCAAAAGACUUCCAUAGGAACUUUACAGUGAAUAACACGGACACUGGGGUCACUUUAGGUCAGCGACUCACAACUACAGGGCAUUACUUCCAUUUUAUGCCACUUUCUAUUAGAAUUAAUAAAGUUUCUAUCUAUGUUUUCCACCUUAAGGGGAUUCCACUGAUUAUUCAAUGCCUGAGAUGUAAACAGAGAGAUUCAGAGUGGUUUGGUGUGAAACGGUUCAGAUGUCUUUAUAGUGGUGCUGAUAGGAACCAGGGGUCGCCAUGACUACAACACAAAUAUAGACAUUUUAUUUAGUAUCCAGAACCACCAGUGAACCUACACGAGUCUUCUGAGUUUAUAUGGAAUGCUGAUGAUGGAAAAUAGUGGAAAAUCUGAAAUAAUAAGUUUUCUUUGGGGACUAUUUUGCUUCACAGCGCCCUGCAUGUAUCCCUCCACCAUGAAUGGAGUUUAAGCUCUCUAAACUAUCAUAAAACAGUGUCUCAGUCAUCAGGCAGUGAAUUCAUAACCAUUUUAUGUAGUAACUUUCUGUGAGGGAGCUUUUAGAGGUGGACGUCUGGUUCCUAUCACCACCACUGUGAACAGUUCUGACUUGGUAAGUUUCUCUAGAACAGAGCGUUUCACACCAAACCACUCUGAAUGACUCUGUUUACAUCUUAACCACUUAAUUAUGCAGGAAUGAAGCUAAUGAAGAGCAGAGGUGUGCAAUAAUACGUUACUUUUACUCAGUCAUAAUUACUUAAACAAAAAAAUUCAUUUGUACUUCUCUGAGUACUAAUACUACUCAAGUACUUUUACAUGAGUAUUUUACUUCUGUUUCAGUAUAAUAGCGAGUAAAGUAACCUAUUUUAUCCUCAGUUCUAUUUUAGUCAUUUAGUCCCUAAUUUCUUUUUUGGGUUUAGUGUCAUUCUGUCGUGAUGUUUGAGCUCCUGUUCUGCUUUAUUGUUGAUCACUCCUCUCACUGUGGAGCUUUAGCAUUUUUUUAUUUUACACCAAAACAUCCAAAAUGAGAAAAAUACAGCCGAGCAAACUUCUGUUUCUUAUUUACCAGCUUCUUAUUUGAAUUUUCAGUUCCACCUUAAAUGGCACCAGAAUGUAAAAACUGCACCAUUUAAGGUGCA